GUUUCCACAUUCAAACCCUCUCUCCAGCUUGACGCAUAUAUAUAACUGCACCUUUCCUUCACAGCGUUAUGCUUUCUUGAGGAAGCCUAUGCCUCGCUACCAGCUCGCUCUAGCUUUAUCAUCGAAGGCUAGCUUUUCGGAUAUCUGGUCAGACAUCGGCACUUACAAACCUGAAACUCUUGACUCGGCUGUGGAGACUUCUCGUUCUACACAAGAUUAUCGCUUUGGAAAGCUUCGAGUAGACUGGGCAGAUAUACACCAUCGAUCUCGGAUGUCUCCCUUGGACAAGCAGAAGGACAGCGAGGACUCGAUCAAACGAGUCAAUGCCAGUAUGGGUGUAGGGCAUAACGCGCUUACUGCGACCUUCCAUCCAGUUACGGAGGCGAAUGUAUUGACAUCGUCAUCCAUCGUCUUUGGGACUACAACUCUGCCGGAGGGAAUGAUCAGACUUUUCAGGCACAUACAGUCACCUAAUGCAGCCGAAACAACAGCCCCGCAAGAUGAUGGAACGAUACUAUGCGUUCUUGCUGUCCCAUCCUACAUGACCCCCUCCGAUUUCUUAACUUUCAUCGCGCCUGCUGAAGAAGGGCUAGCACACCUUCGAUUGAUUAGGGAUGUUUCGGAGAACCGGUCCGUCGCACUGCUGAGGUUUCGGGGUCGUGACUAUGCAGAGGAGUUCGCUCAGGAAUACAACGGCAGGCUCUUCAACUCACUGGAGCCAGAAAGCUGCCAUAUUGUCAGGAUUACUGCCGUUACCAUUGAUGCUACAGAUAACUCGUUGAGUGGAAUGUUGCAGACGCCCGUCAGGGGUUUGACAGACAUAUAUGAACUUCCGACAUGUCCGGUAUGCCUGGAGCGGAUGGACUCCGCUGUCACCGGACUUGUCACUAUUCCUUGCUCCCAUUCAUUUCACUGCAUGUGCUUGAGCAAAUGGGGUGAUAGUCGGUGUCCUGUGUGCCGUUACUCGCAGUCGCUGUUGACAACAAAAUCACGGCAGGCCAAUUCGUCCCGAUUAGUCUCGUUUCCUCCCGCUGACAACGCAUCAGUAUCCAUGUGCUCAUCGUGCUCAUCGACGAUAAACCUGUGGAUUUGCUUAAUAUGCGGCAACGUAGGAUGCGGCCGAUACGGCCAGGCACAUGCUUUUGAGCAUUAUACACAAACUACCCAUCUUUACGCAUUGGAAUUAGAGACACAGCGUGUAUGGGAUUAUGCAGGGGACGGAUACGUUCAUAGACUCAUUCAAAAUCGCGCCGAUGGGAAGCUCGUGGAACUGCCAAGCGCAUCUGCGAUGGCACCUUCCUUUGGCACCUCUCAGGGCAGGACUGGCCCUACCCCUGCUGAUUCGCUGGCUGCGGAAAAAGUUGAAGCCAUCGGUAUCGAAUAUAGUUACUUGUUAACGAGUCAACUCGACAGCCAACGAUCGUAUUAUGAGAAAGAACAGGCCCAAUUGUCCAGUGCCCUCAGCGAUGCACAUGACAGAAUUUUGCGGCUGGAAGAUGAGGUGGUAGCUAGCGAUCCCAAUGUCAUCAAAAGACUUGAGGAACGGGCAAGAAGGGCUGAAGCCCGCGCGGAACGACUGCAGCAAUCGGCGCGAAACUUUGAGGCGCAGCUCAAAGAAGAGAAGUUGAUUAGUUCAGGGUUUUUGGAGAAUAUUGGCGCGUUAAAGAAACGUGCGGAAGCAGCAGAUCAGGAAAAGGAUGCCAUCUCGAAGAGAUUACAAGAGUGCGAGGAGCAGCUCAGAGACAUCAUGUUUUACCUGGAGACGAAGGAGAAGAUAGAAAAGGGAGCAGAAACUGGGGAAAGUCUUCUUGGGGAGGCUGCUGGUGGGACAAUCGUACUACCGCCUGCCGAACGCGCGUCCAAAGUCAAGAGGCCAAAGAAAAAAGUAUAAUUAGAGAGCAAUGGUGAUUUGGGGAAUCUGUUCGCUAGUGUUCCCGCAUUAUAGUGUAUGACAAUAAUAAGUGUAAACCUAGGGCUGACAGGAAGGAGGUGUUACAACAUAAUAUCCCGGAUGGCUGUUGGGCCGUGUUCCGCAUAGUCCGAUUUGGAUACGAAAUUUUUGCCAGUUGAAUCAGUGAAUAUUAGCU